AUGAAGGGGACACGCUGGAGGAGGGUCCCCUGGGUGUCCCUGAGCUGCCUGUGUCUCUGCCUCCUUCCACAUGUGGUCCCAGGAAUGACGACAACCUCAGUGAAGACAGGCAGCGAGAGUGGCCGAGUCACAUCACUACCCCCAGCAACCUCCAAGACCGCCACAGCCCCAUCCCCCCCGACCACCUCCCAGGCCUCCACCUCUGCCACUCCCAGCACUGCCAUGCACACCCGCUCCACAGCCGCCCCCGCCCCCGUCCCGGUCCAGCCUGAGAAAGGAGCUUCCCUCCUCCCCUACGGGGCCGGCGCCGGGGACCUGGAGUUCGUCAGGAGGACCGUGGACUUCACCUCCCCGCUCUUCAGGCCCGCGACUGGCUUCCCCCUCGGCUCCUCGCUGCGCGAUUCCCUCUACUUCACAGACAAUGGCCAGAUCAUCUUCCCAGAGUCAGACUACCAGAUGUUCUCCUAUCCCAACCCACUCCCAACAGGCUUCACAGGCUGGGACCCUGUGGCCCUGGUGGCUCCGUUCUGGGACGAUGCUGACUUCUCCACUGGUCAGGGGACCAUAUUUUAUCAGGAAUACGAGACGCUCUACGGUGAACGCAGGCUGCCAGUCCUGCAGGCCGAGUCUUGGAUUAGAAAGAUCACAAACAAUGGCGGCUUCAAGGCCAGGUGGACCCUAAAGGUCACGUGGGUCAAUGCCCACGCCUAUCCUGCCCAGUGGACCCUCGGGAGCAACACCUACCAGGCCAUCCUCUCCACAGACGGGAGCAGGUCCUAUGCCCUGUUUCUCUACCAGAGCGGUGGGAUGCAGUGGGACGUGGCCCAGCGCUCAGGCAACCUCGUGCUCAUGGGCUUCUCCAGUGGAGACGGCUAUUUCGAAAACAGCCCACUGAUGUCCCAGCCAGUGUGGGAGAAGUAUCGCCCUGAUAGAUUCCUGAAUUCCAGCUCAGGCCUCCGAGGGCUGCAGUUCUACAGGCUACACCGGGAAGAAAGGCCUAACUACCGUCUCGAGUGCCUGCAGUGGCUGAAGAGCCAGCCUCAGUGGCCCAGCUGGGGCUGGAACCAGGUCUCCUGCCCUUGUUCCUGGCAGCAGGGACGAUGGGACUUACGAUUCCAACCCGUCAGCAUAGGUCUCUUGGGCCUCGGCAGCAGGCAGCUCUGCAGCUUCACGUCCUGGCGAGGAGGCGUGUGCUGCAGCUACGGGCCGUGGGGAGAGUUUCGUGAAGGCUGGCACGUGCAGCGUCCCUGGCAGUUCGCCCCGGAACUGGAACCGCAGAACUGGUGCUGCCUCUGGAAUGACAAGCCCUACCUCUGUGCCCUGUACCAGCAGAGGCGGCCCCGCGUGGGCUGUGCUACAUACAGACCCCCACGGCCUGGAGUCUGGAAUAACAAUCCGCAGGACGACUUCAGGAUGCCCAAUGGCUCCACCGUGCCCCCAGGGAGCUCUGAGGAGACGCUUUUCCACUACGGAAUGACCUGGCAGAUCAACGGGACAGGCCUCCUUGGCAAGAGGAAUGACCAGCUGCCUUCCAACUUCACCCCUGUUUUCUACUCACAACUGCAAAACAGCUCCUGGGCUGAAGAUGUGAUCUCCAGCUGUAAUGGAGACAGCUCAUGCAUCUAUGACACCCUGGCCCUGCGCAACGCAAGCAUCGGACUUCAUACGAGGGCCGUCAGCAAAACCUACAAGCAGGUGAACGCCACCCUCAAUCAGUACCCGCCCUCCAUCAAUGGUGGUCGUGUGGUUGAAGCCUACAAGGGGCAGACCACACUGAUUCAGUACACCAGCAACGCUGAGGAUGCCACCUUCACGCUCAGAGACAACUGUACUGACUUUAAGCUCUUUGAGAAUGGGACGUUGCUAUGGACACCCAAGUCGUUGGAGCCAUUCACUCUGGAGAUUCUAGCGAGAAGUGCCAAGAUUGGCUUGGCAUCUGCACUCCAGCCCAGGACUGUGGUCUGCCAUUGCAAUGCAGAGAGCCAGUGUUUGUACAACCAGACCAGCAGGGUGGGCAACUCCUCCCUGGAGAUGGCCGGCUGCAAGUGUGACGGGGGCACCUUCGGCCGCUACUGCGAGCGCUCCAAGGACACCUGUGAGGAGCCGUGCUUCCCGAGUGUCCGCUGCAUUCCUGGGAAGGGCUGCGAGGCCUGCCCUCCACACCUGACUGGGGAUGGACGGCACUGCGCUGCUCUGGGGAGCUCUCUCCUGUGUCGGAACCAGUCCUGCCCUGUGAAUUACUGCUACAAUCAAGGCCGCUGCUACAUCUCCCAGACUCUGGGCUGCCAGCCGACGUGCACCUGCCCCCCGGCCUUCACCGAUAGCCUCUGCUUCCUGGCUGGGAACAACUUCAGUCCAACUGUCCACCUAGAACCUCCCUUAAGAGUCAUCCAGCUCUUGCUCAGUGAAGAGGAAAAUGCCUCCAUGGCAGAGGUCAACGCCUCGGUGGCGUACAUACUGGGGACCCUGGACAUGCGGGCCUUUCUCCGCAACAGCCAAGUGAACCGAAUCGAUUCCCCAGCACCUGCCUCGGGAAGCCCCAUUCAACACUGGAUGGUCAUCUCGGAGUUCCAGUACCGCCCUUGGGGCCCGGUCAUCGACUUCCUGAACAACCAGCUGCUGGCUGCGGUGGUGGAGGCGUUCUUAUACCAGGUUCCACGGAGGAGGGAGGAGUCCAGGAACCACGUGGUCUUCCAGCCCAUCUCCGGGGAAGACGUGUGGGAUGUGAGAGCCCUGAACGUGAGCACGCUGAAGGCUUACUUCAAAUGCAAUGGCUACAAGGGCUAUGACCUGGUCUACAGCCCCCAGAGCGGCUUCACCUGCGUGUCCCCGUGCAGUAGGGGCUACUGUGACCAUGGAGGCCAGUGCCAGCACCUGCCCAGUGGGCCCCGCUGCAGCUGUGUGUCCUUCUCCAUCUACACGGCCUGGGGAGAGCACUGUGAGCACCUGAGCAUGAAACUCGACGUGUUCUUCGGGAUCUUCUUUGGGUCCCUGGGCGGCCUCUUGCUGCUGGGGGUCGGGGUGUUCGUGGUCCUGCGUUUCUGGCAUUGCUCCAGGACCAGCUUCUCCUAUCCCCUGCACUCAGCUGAGGCCUCGCCUUGAAGGGACAGCUGUGGCCUAGGCUACCUCAAGACCCACCCCAUCCUCACCGCACACUUAAGGCGCCAUUGCUUUUGGGAGACUGGAAAAGGGGAGGUGACUGAAGGCUGUCAGGAUUCUACAAGGGGAGUGAAUACUGGGACUCAAGACAAGACUAUACCUUAUCCAUAGGCUCAGGUGCACAGGGGGAGGCCUUAAAGACAAACAAGCGUGGAGGGGUCCUCACGCAGACGCCCCCACAGAAGGACACUGGCCUGUGCACGCGUGCGCGCGCGCACACACACACACACACACCAAAGUUCAUAAUGUAGUGAUGGCCCUAAGUUAAGCAAAAUAUUUCUGCACACAAAACUCUCUGGUUUACUUCGAAUUAAAGUCUAUUUAAUAAAGCUGUCUAACUUUUUGUGUCUUCAAAA